CGCCCGCCACACGGUGCGGGGCGCCCGGCGGGGAAGAUGGCCCAAGAGAAUGUCACCUUGCUGUUUAAAAUAUACUGCUUGACAGUGAUGACAUGUGUAGCUGCCACCUACACAGUGUUACUGCGAUACACAAGGACGACCUUAACAGAAAUGUAUUUUGCGACCACUGCUGUUUGUCUCACAGAAGUGAUCAAGUUAAUUCUGAGUCUGGGCAUCUUUGCAAAGGAGACGGGGGAUUUGGGUAUGACAUUGCAACACUUACGAGACCAUAUCCUAAGAAGUCCCAAAGAAAUGCUGAAGCUCAGUGUCCCAUCUGUGGUGUAUGCUAUUCAGAACAACAUGGCCUUUGUGGCACUUAGUAACUUGGAUGCAGCUGUGUAUCAGGUGACCUACCAGUUGAAGAUUCCCUGCACAGCAUUAUGCACAGUCUGGAUGUUGAACCGAUCACUCAGCAAGAUCCAGUGGCUGUCUGUGUUCGUGCUCUGCACUGGAGUCACGUUAGUGCAGUGGAAGCCGGUGGAAACAACGAAAGUACAAGUUGAGCAGAAUCCAGUUUGGGGAUUUACUGCCAUAGCCAUUGCAGUUCUGUGCUCUGGAUUUGCUGGCGUUUAUUUUGAGAAAGUUCUGAAGAGUUCAGAUACUUCCCUGUGGAUGAGGAACAUACAGAUGUACAUCUCUGGCAUCGUGAUAACUGCAGCCGGAAUUCUUUUAAAUGAUGGCGCUGGUGUGAUGGAGAAGGGCUUUUUCUUUGGCUAUACCCAUUGGGUUUAUUUAGUUAUAUUUUUAGCGAGUGUUGGAGGUCUGUACACGUCUGUUGUUGUGAAAUACACUGAUAACAUCAUGAAAGGAUUUUCAGCUGCAGCAGCAAUCGUCAUUUCCACUAUAGCAUCUAUCUUUCUGUUUGGCCUGCAGAUUACUUCAACCUUUAUAGCCGGAACAAUACUCGUCAUUGUUUCAAUAUACUGCUAUGGUUUACCAAAGAAAAAUACAACCACACUUCUGCCAGUUGAAGUAGAGAAGUCCAAAGAGACACUGAACGUGUGAUCUGCAGGCGCUGUGUUCGUAAAAGGUCAGAACAUCCAUUGUCCUGAUCCUCACCUUUUCACUGUCCAGCUGUUAAGGAAAAUGGUACUAUUGAAUAACUUGUCAUGUUAUUGUCGAAAUGGCAAAUUAUUGUUGCACUGUUGGUUGGUAUCUGAAUGAUUGAGUUAUUCAGUGCAGUGUGACAAUCUAAACACAUGCACAGGUUAUAACUGAACCAUUCUCUCACUAUAAUACAAUACCUGUUUGAAGAUGCCGUAAGCUCUUAAGUAGAUCACAUUCAGUGAUGAGUCUUAAAUUUUUCAAUUAGCCUUUGAUGGUGUUUUGCAAUGUUACCUGGUAAACACGUUUGUAAAUAUAAUAUCCUUUAUAAAAUAUUUGCUUACCAUUUGUUAAUAUUAUUGGUACCUGUUUAUCAGUACGGGAUGGAUUACUACUUUGACCUGCUCUAUUUGUGUCAAAGGCAGAGCAACUCGAGACUGAUUUGAUCAAAAUUUGUACAGAAUCAACUUUUAAAUUCAAUGUUUACAUUUACGUGUUUUAUGUUUCACACAAAGCUUAAAAGUCUUAUAUUUUGUUAUCCAACUUUUUUAGCGUAACUAUAAGAAUGGACACUAAUGUGGAGUGGAGUCCUGUAGCUCAGUGGUUAGAGCACUCGCCUUGCA